AUGUUUCCGUCUCCGGCGGACAUAUUGCUUACUGGAGCAAAUUCUGGAAAGCUAGCAGUGGGGAAAAGGAUUUGAACUUGGUAUACAUCUUCACGGCUUACUAUACUUAAAACAUAAACACCAUAAUGGAACCGUCAGCCAGUCCGGCAAAGGACAACUACAGGAUGAACCGCUACAAGAACAAAGCACUGAAUCCAGAGGAGAUGAGGCGCAGGAGGGAAGAGGAGGGCAUCCAACUCAGGAAACAAAAACGAGAACAGCAGCUUUUCAAGAGGAGAAACGUGGAUGUUCUCAACGAGGAGGAGGUCAUGUUCGAGAGUCCACUGGUGGACUCAUACCUCAACUCUCCAGCAACAGAGGGAGUCAUCACCAGAGACAUGGUGGACAUGCUUUUUUCAGAAGACCCAGAGCUUCAGCUCGCCACGACACAAAAGUUCAGGAAACUACUUUCCAAAGAGCCCAACCCACCGAUCGAUGAGGUCAUAAACACAGCCGGCGUCGUGGAGCGAUUUGUGGAGUUUCUGCAGAAGAGCACCAACUGCACACUACAGUUCGAAGCUGCCUGGGCCCUGACCAACAUCGCAUCGGGAACGUCCCAGCAGACGAAGACGGUCAUCGAGGCUGGAGCCGUGCCCAUCUUCAUCGAACUCCUCAACUCAGACUUCGAGGACGUCCAAGAACAAGCUGUGUGGGCGUUGGGUAACAUCGCUGGGGACAGCGCGGUAUGCAGGGACUAUGUGCUGAACUGCAACAUCCUAACACCGCUGCUGUUGCUUUUGACCAAAUCUACUAGACUGACGAUGACUAGGAAUGCAGUAUGGGCUCUGUCUAAUCUCUGCAGAGGCAAAAAUCCUCCACCUGCUUUUGAAAAGGUGUCUCCCUGUCUGCCUGUGCUGUCCAGGCUCUUAUUCAGCAGUGACCCAGACUUGCUGGCAGACGCCUGCUGGGCUCUUUCCUACCUCUCCGACGGCCCCAACGACAAGAUCCAGGCUGUCAUCGACUCAGGCGUGUGCAGGAGGCUGGUGGAGCUGCUCAUGCACACAGACUACAAGGUGGCUUCUCCUGCUCUGAGGGCCGUCGGAAACAUCGUCACUGGAGACGACAUUCAGACACAGGUGGUGUUGAACUGCUCAGCUUUGCCCUGCCUGCUGCACCUCCUCAGCAGUCCUAAGGAGUCGAUUCGUAAGGAAGCCUGUUGGACCAUCUCCAACAUCACAGCUGGAAACCGAGCGCAAAUACAGACGGUGAUUGAUGCCAACAUCUUUCCAGUCCUAAUUGAAAUUUUGCAGAAAGCGGAGUUCAGAACCAGAAAAGAGGCAGCCUGGGCCAUCACCAACGCUACAUCUGGAGGAACACCAGAGCAGAUCAGGUACCUGGUGAACCUGGGCUGCAUCAAGCCCCUGUGUGAUCUCCUCACUGUAAUGGACUCCAAGAUUGUUCAGGUGGCGCUUAACGGGCUGGAAAACAUCCUGAGGCUGGGCGAGCAGGAAGCCAAACAGGAGAACAACGGCACCGGCGUCAAUCCCUACUGCAGCCUCAUCGAAGAGGCCUACGGACUAGACAAGAUUGAGUUCCUCCAGAGCCACGACAACCAGGAGAUCUACCAGAAGGCGUUUGACCUGAUCGAGCGUUACUUCGGGGUGGAGGAUGAAGACAGCAGUCUAGCUCCUCAGGUGGACCAGGCCAACCAGCAGUUCCUCUUCCCUCAGCAAGAAGCUCCAAUGGAGGGCUUCCAGCUCUAAGUUUUCUUAAGUACACCACUCACCCACUUUCCCUUCUGUAAACUCCCCCUCCACCCCAUUUUGUGGAAGGCCCCAUGAUGCCCAAGUCAUGCCACUGUGCUCUCUCGCCUGAUCUCUCCAAGCACAUACACACACACUCACACACACACACACACAAACCCGCCCUUUGGAGGAAAGCUUAAACUGUCGCCCUCUUAAGCCCUAAAACCGCCCUCUCCGGCUAUGCUUUCCCACCAGUUGGACAACUAGCGCACAGGGCAGACUUUUUUUUUUUUUGUUGUUUGUUUUCUUUUCCUGGCCAUUGGGAGCAUUUCUUACAAACUAAUAACCAAGUUGGGGGAACUGAUCACCUGAAAACCCGAAGCGGUUCGAAACGUGCACAAGGACUUCUUCCUGCCGUUUGGUAGCUUUUAGCUCCGGUCGCCAGCAGCAACCAGUUAGGAUCUUUAUCGAAAUUUCUUCACCAGUGGGACAUUCCUGUUUUCUGGAUUACCCAUGCAUCCCCUCGCAGUCCACAAACAGGGGGCGUCCAGUUUGUGACACCAGUUUGAUUUUGUGCAAUGCAACAUAGGCGUACCUUUUUUUCUUCUUUUUUUUGUUCCCCCUCCCUUUUUAGCUUUUAUUAUUUACCUCUAACCCUUAUUUAUCUUCUCCUUUAUAUGUAUUUUUCUUUCUGUAAAUGGAAAGUCUUUUUUGUUUUCUUUUCUAUAAAGAAAUACCCUAAUUGUGUUAGGCUUAGGGCUGGCCUAAACCUGCCGCCCAAGCGAAGGGACGACUUUUACGUUGUAGUGGGGAGGGAAUAGAUGAGAGGUAACAGAAUACAUUGAAACUAGGAAGGACUGUGAUUGGGAUCUUGGUGAAGGUUAAGAGUUUUUUUUAUUUUAACCAUAAAAAAAUCCUCUGUUUUUGUUUUCGAGGGCGGGAUAUUUAAAUAUCCUUAUAUUCAUUGUUUGCUGUGUUAAUAACAUUUGAAUUAUGAAGUGAUCUAUUAAACAAGGCAGAGUUCAGGAGGGGUCAAGGUUCAGCAGAGCCUGCUGCGCUGGCAGCAAACCGGACUUCUUUUUCUAUCUGGCUGUAUUUAAAAAGAAGGUGGAAAAACCUUCUGCAGUAGAGAAAAUAUCAUAGUUUAGUGGUUCAACUGAACCCCACCUCCUGGCCCCCUGCAGUGUCAACAGGUUUCUGCUUGGGCCCUGUGGUGGGGGUCUCUGCAUGGUAUUUUACCACCCUGCCUGCAGCCACAGAGGAUUCAUCGCCAAGCGCAACCUGUUGGUACAGAGGGGCGAAAGGUACCUUGUAAAACAACACGCGGGACUCGAAGAAGAAGCUGGACUCUAACACGAUAACUUUAGGUGGUGUGAAUAGUGAUAGUUUAGUGACCACGGUGGUGUUUUCUUUAGUGGUAGAGUUGGAUUAAUAGCCUCUGGCGUUCGAUAUCACUAUAUCUUUGAGGAAUGGAGAUGACAACCGCUAACGACUUUUUGCAUGGGACAGUUGUGCUUACGUGUGGGUGUUUUGUUCAUGUAAAUAGCCUCUUCCUCUGCCCAGCCAGGACAAUUCUGCUGCUUCUGUGUGGGUCUAAUAACAGCUGGAGGGUUGGGAGAUAGCUCUGAAGAUAAGUGACAAGCCUAACUGCAACAAAAGUUCAAGUAUCUAAAUAGAAGUAUAUUUGGAUUUUGAUGUAUUUGCAUUAAUAUAUAUCUUUGCGUACACUUCAUGCACACUUGCAUACAACACCAACUGAAACACAGAUGAGUGACUAGAAACAAAAACUAGCUUCCAUUAAGAAGAAAGGAAAAAAAAAAGUAGUAGUAAAAUGUUCAGUUUUGAGCACAAACUUUCUUUAGCUCCCAUUUAUUCUGUAGUAAAUAUUUUGUUGAAUGAACUGAUCAAGUGCAGUGUUGCUUAUUGCUAUGGAAACUUGUCGUUGUUUCUAGCCACAGGACUUCUGAUGGUUGAGAUUAGCUGAGUUGACGCUGACCAGGGAUUGGCUUUGUUUCUGUUCAGGCCGGUCUCUGGUCCGUGUCGAGGCGCUGUAGAUGAAGUAGAAGUGUGCUCGUGUGAGUUUUGACUGACAGGCGCUGUGUGAGGGAGUAGGUCUAUUGACUCUAUCAAGAAUAUGUCCUAAUCAGAGUCGGGAGGGGAGGAAAGGGAACCGCUGCUGUUCUGUGGAUUACUGAAGCACUCAAAUGUAUGGAAGAUGAACACAAUCAGGUUUCUUUAAAGUAACCAAAUAAAACAAUCUUCUGAGGAUUA